CUGCGACCAAAGUCCAAGGCCGUAAGCUUCUUACUGCUCGCUUCACUACUCCAGACAAAAACUCCAAUUCCAGGAUGGAAUGCGUUCUACGACUUCGGAUUCUCUGUAUGUCAGAGUCUUGAUGAGGAACAGUUUCUAGGAGGCACUUACGCAGAUAUGCUCAAGACAUGUGGCAGACCAACCGUCAUCUUCGAGGAGCUUUGGAAGGCCCACGAGGGAAAUACGCUUGUCGAUCUUCUGAACAAACAUGGGUAUUGUGCGUUGUGGGAGAAGAUUCCGACGUUACGACGGUUUCUGGCAGCGCCUCUAGACAAGCGACCGACAGUCUGGAAAUUGACACAAUUUCUAGCCGACCAAGAUAACACAGAUCCAUUUGAAUGCCUGAGAGCCUACGGCUUUAACCUCUGUAGCCAGCGCGAGCAAGUGGCGGGACUCAAAGCAAUUUACGCAAAGAUUCUGAAGAAGGGAAGUCCGCUGGAAUUACAACAUGCCUGUGAUACCGAUAAUCUAUAUGAAUAUGCUGUUGGAAAUGGCGUUCCCAUCGAUCCUCGCCUUAGACGCCUACUACGAAACGGAUAUGCCCAAAGGUUUCUG